GUGACGUAGCCGGAAGACAACUGCAGUAGCCUGCUUUGUAAACGAUGGUCGUUCGUGUUGACAAAAUCUGACACGAUGGAGAUUUAUUCUGUGAUUUUAAAGCUGAAACUGUAGGCAACACCCGGCGGGGAAGUCCUCCGAAAUCAGAUACAAACUGAAGAUCCUGUGGCCGUCACAAAUUGAGAUUUCGCAACCACUGCAAUGUCUUCAGGCGGGGCUCCUCAGUCACCUGCAGUGGCGAAGUCUGAGGUCGCCGUGGAGGGAGAGUGUCCUCUCCUGGCGGCCACGUUUGCCUACUGGGACAACAUCCUGGGGCCACGCGUGCGCCACAUCUGGACGCCGAAAGGCGAUCAGGCUAUGAUCCUCAGUGACGCCGAGGUGACCUUCCUGGCAAACCACACACUCAACGGGGAGAUCCUCCGCAGCGCCGAGUGCGGAGCUGUGGAUGUCAAGUUCUUUGUCCUGGCGGAGAAAGGGGUCAUUAUUGUGUCACUGAUCUUUGACGGGGAGCUGAAGGGGGACAAGAACACGUGUGCUCUGUCUAUUAUUCUGCCUCAGAGUGAGCUGGCCUUCUAUCUGCCUCUACACACCAUCUGUGUGGAGCGGCUCAAGCACGUCAUUCGCAGGGGACGCAUUUGGAUGCAAAAGGGUUACAACAUCAUCUCUGUGCUGAGUCUGGAGAUCAUUCCCAUCAUGGAGCUGCUGGCUUCCAUGAAGACACACAGCGUUUCAGAGGAUAUCGACAUAAAGGACACGGUGCUAAAUGAUGAUGACAUCGGGGACAGCUGCCACGAAGACUUCCUGCACAAGGCCAUUAGCUCUCAUCUCCAGACCUGCGGCUGCUCAAUAGUGGUUGGAAGCAACCCAGAUAAAGUGAACAAGAUUGUGCGGACGCUGUGUCUCUUCCUGACGCCGGUGGAGAGGAAGUGCUCCCGCCUCUGCAAGGCCGACGCUUCCUUCAAGUACGACACCGGCUUGUUUGUGCAGGGUCUGCUCAAGGACUCGACAGGCAGCUUCGUACUCCCCUUCCGUCAGGUCCUCUACUCCCCUUACCCCACCACACACAUAGACGUGGACAUCAACACGGUCAAGCAGAUGCCGCCGUGUCACGAGCACACGUACAACCAGCGGCGUUACAUGCGCUCAGAACUGAGCGCUCUGUGGAAAACAGACAGCGAGGACGAAAUCCCUCCGGACACAGUGAUCCACACCGAUGAGACCUUCACCCCCGACCUGAAUAUUUUCCAAGACGUUCUGCACAAAGACACGCUGGUGAAGUCCUUUAUAGAUGAGGUGUUCAUGCUGAAACCCGGCUUGUCCCUGCGGAGCACCUAUCUGGCCCAGUUCCUGCUGCUGCUCCACAGGAAGGCGCUCACGCUGCUCAAGUACAUCGAGGAUGAGACGCAAAAGGGGAAGAAGCCAUUUCGGUCGCUGCGCAGCUUAAAGACGGACCUGGAUCUUACAGUGGAAGGUGACCUGAGUAUCAUCAUGGCCUUUGCAGAGAAGUUGAAGGCGGGACUGCACUCCUUCGUGUUUGGGAAGCCAUUCUAUACUAGCAUGCAAGAGCGAGACGUCCUCAUGAGCUUUUGACCUGGCCUCGAGGAACAUAGCAAACUUAGAGAUUCUGUGUGAUGGUCCAGGAUAAGAGAAGGCACAGAGAAUACGUGAGGAAAGUCAGAGCAAGGAGGUUUCAUUUGUCUGUCCUCAUUCAUGCCUCAUGCUGGAUACCGAUCUCUAUGCCACGCCCUUGCUACUCACACUGUCCGAUUCAUCAUUGCAAGUCACCAAUUUGUGGCACUUCCUAUAGCUGCCUUGCCAAGGUUCCUUCUCCAUGUGCCGUAGAUGAAUAGCUCUGCCAAACCAACGUGGCACUGCAAAAUUGGCCAGCGGCCUAAGCUUUGUCCUUCAUCUUGGCCCACAUUGGGCGCCAUUGAAGGCGGCUGGAGAAUCUUGUUGCAUUAUGACGUAACACGCAGCAGGCUGGAGAAGAUUUUGCCGGUCGUUACGACACCUGUGGUCUGUUGACCGUAACACACUGCACAACGCUCUGUGCAUGUUUUUGUUGUGCUUCCGUGGAGGGGAAUGACUCAAAACCCUAUGUCAUCAUUGCAAGUUGUGUGCCUACUCCCUUCACAUUUCUGCCUGGUUUUAAUGACGAUGGUGAGCUCUAACUGCUGUUGAUAUGCUGCUGACAUGCGCUCUUAGUGGUCCUAUCAACUUUUAUCAUAAUAUAGUAGUUUAAAGCUUUUAGAAGUCCUAAAUUAUUCUGAGCCGCAUGCAUAAUUCAUCCCGUCUCUGCCAUCCCUUCACUGUGGCUCUGUAUUAAUUCAUGGUGCUCAAAUUGGCAGGAGAGCCCACCAGGACUUUUCCCCAAAUUAAAUUUAAAUAUCAUUUUAUUAAAAGACGAGUUAUUACUUCACUCAGUGCCAUUGUUGUAGAAAAGCCUGCGAUCUAGUUUGAUCUGUUGGGUUGCCCUUUUUCGAAAACUCCAUUAAUGAAUGUCUCUGCUGGUCGUGAAUGUCAUUUUCAAAGGACGGUGUGGUGUUUCACUGUUUAAAUAUUUGCAACCAGCUGUGAUGAAGAGAGUUAAACGCAGUGAAGUUUAAUAUUUUGCUUUUAAUCGUUUGGUCUUUUUGGACGUUUAAAUCUGUGAUGGUGUUUAUUGCUUGCCUUAACUGAGUCUCAAAUGUGAUGCCUUGAUACAUUGACUCCAGAGACUUGUUGUUUUUACAUGCUUAAUAAUAUAUUGUUUUAGAAAUGUAUUAAAGAUUUAUGUUUAAAUUAUCUUGGAUUGCAAUGUUAAGUAUUGUUUAUGUGAAGUCUAUAAAUGCUGUUGAAAGUGCUAUUUUGCUCCUGGAUAAAAACACCUGCCGGUCAUCGGUUGUCCACAUGUAGACCAGUGUGGAACCAUGACGUCAUGGCCUAAAAACAUCAUGAGCAGGGCUUUGUCGACUCAUCCUCCGAUUUUGUUCGGAGCCAAAACAUGAAUCACAUCAAGGGGCUUUACUGGCAUGACAUUGUUGCCUGAGGCUUUAACGUGAGGACAGGAGAGGUCACAUGACACCGCGGUCGCUUGUAAGCCUUGUCAAAGCAGCGGUACGGCUGAUAGUGACAGGUCCUCAUGUUACAUGGGUUCAGAAGUUUUACCACGAGUCAUUUCUAGUCGUCCUUGCACAACUCCUUGCAUGGUGCAAUGACGUUAGCAAUGGUCACUGCUUUGCAUGUAUCGGAAUGGUGUCUGUUUUCAUGCCGUAAAAUGCCUUUGCUUGAAAAUGAGAUGCCACUAUUACUCGAUGUGCCAACGUCAGCGUUAUCUCAUGCAGCGCCCUCUGAUGGGAUCUCACUGUAACACUUGAAAAUAAGCUUUCUGAAUAGACCGGCAACUCCAACCAGAGCAGCUUCUAUCAAAUGUUGCCACCCAGAAGAAACCCCCCUGACAUCUCACUGGUUUACUGUUGUAGCCAUCUUUUUGUUCUGAAAUGUUUUAUUUUUUUAUCACAAGCAAGGAGUGAAAAACCAAAUUGUUGUACCUGCUUCUCCCGAAGUGUUUGCUCAGCUGUGCUGUGAAUUGAUGUGCACUGAUUAUUCUCCUCAAUUACAACUUCUUAUUUACUGUUUGGAUGAUCCGCCUGCUUGUAAACACAAUGUGAUAUUAAAGUCAAACAAUUUAGUUUGUGUGCUUCUGAAUAUGCUAAUUGCUUUUGACAUUGUGGUAAGUGCCGUCUGUGGCCGUGUGUCCUCCCACGAGUCUCAAUAUUUACAUGUGAAUAUGAGUUUCGGGGAUGACAAAUUAGGUUUUGUUCGCCAUCCUCAACUGCAGAUUUUGUACUCAGGUUAAGUGAUUCUGCAGUUUUACCUAAGAUUAUGUGCUAGUCAGAAUAAAUUGUUGACUUUUAUUCUCAUUCACGCAUCGAGUU